AUGGUGGUGUCAAGCGAGGCGAGUUCAGGGCCUUGCGAGCUUUGCUCGAAAUAUUGGCCGCCCUGCUGGAGUGGAUUUAGGAGUGAGGAAUUGUUGGCAUGGCCGAAAGAUAAGAGGAUUCCGGGGAAGAAGUUUGGAAGUGACGAUGGUGGAGGCGAGGUUAAGCCUUGGCGUCGUGGAGAGUACGUGUGGCUGAUCGAGCAGAGAGCUGGAGAAGCCUGGAGCUCGGCGGCCUUGUCUGGUGGAGAAGGAGCGAUCCUGGGGCCGGCAGAUUGGCCGGAGGAUCCGAAAAUAUCCCCAACGCUUGAUGAGAGCCAGAACACAGACAGACAGAAGGCCAGCUUGAUGAGAGCCAGAACACAGACAGACAGAAGUCCAGACGAUCUGAAGCAGCAUCACACUCUUCUGCUGGACUUCAGAGAAAUUAUGCUCAUCUUUGGACUGAUGCUGCUGCUGCAGACUGCUGCAUGUCUGGAUCGGUUCUGCAGGUUUAAUCAGUCAGAUCCCUGUUACGCAGCUCUGGGACACAAACUCAAUCUGAUGAUGGUGCUGGACGCUAGUGAAUAUGACCUGAAGAUCAUAAAGAGAAUAAACAACAACACAGCAGAUGGUCCCGUUUGUAGAGUAAAGAAUGGCAGGAUGAGGGAUUGUGAUUUUUAUAAUAACAGACCGGAAGUGACCGUCAUUAAUGGGACUCUGAUAAUAAAUCGUGUGAUCAGAGCAGAUUCAGGGAAUUACAGAUUAACACUUGUUGACUCAGAUGGCGCAGAAACAUCUAGAGAUCUUCAAGUGAUUGUUGAAGCUCCUAUUGGCUCAGUGGAAGUGUCAAUCAUCUGCUCCUCCAGUGGGGUGAUGAGGGUGUCCUGCUCCUCUGAGGGGGAUCCGCUCCUCUACAGCUGGACUCUGAAUGGAGAUCCACUGAUGGAUGGAAACAGCAGCAUUGAUCUGGAUGAGGGAACUGAUGGAGACAUCAGCUGCAGCGUGAAGAACCACGUCAGUCACGCACAGAACACCAUUAGAGUCCAACCCUGUCCUGUGUGUUCAGUGUCUGUGGUGUUUGUGCUGGUCUGGUGUCUUCAGCUGAUGGUUCUGUUGGGUCUGUUAGGAGGUUUUCACAUCUACAUGAGACACACGUCAGGAAAGAAGCAGGAAGAUCAGAAAGUGAGGAUGAGAAGAUUUAGAGAAGGACCUGAACACACAGCAGAAGAUUCAUGAGAGCAGC